AUGCAGGGAGUGGUCGUUCUUGAGAGUGGUGAUUCUGACAACCAAUCAAAUUCUGACUACCAAUCAAAUUCUGACUACCAAUUAGAUUUCGACUACCAAUCAGAGUUUGACUACCAAUCAGAGUUUGACUACCAAUCAGAUUCUGACUACCAAUCAGAUUCUGUCUACCAAUCAGAGUUUGACUACCAAUCAGAUUCUGUCUACCAAUCAGAGUUUGACUACCAAUCAGAUUCUGACUACCAAUCAGAUUCUGUCUACCAAUCAGAUUCUGACUACCAAUCAGAUUCUGACUACCAAUCAGAUUCUUACUACCAAUCAGAUUCUGUCUACCAAUCAGAGUUUGACUGCCAAUCAGAUUCUGACUACCAAUCAGAUUCUGUCUACCAAUCAGAUUCUGCCUACUAA